CAGGGGUGAAGGAAUGAAAGCGCAUGAUGGACCGCAGGCCUCUCUUUCUCUCUGACAAGAGAGAGCGAACGGAGGAUGGAGACCGGGCGGGAGGCUGUUCCGCCGCGCGCCGGGGUUGGCAGCGCGCGGGAAGAGCGGAGGAGGGAGACGCACGCCGGCGGGAUGAAGCGGUGGAUGGGGAGGGAAGCCGCGGUGACACUGCAGCGGUCGGGCACGCGGCGGCGCUACCAUGACGAUGGUAUCUCGGAUGACGAGAUUGAGGGCAGAAGGACCUUUGACCUGGAGGAGAAGUUGAGGAGCGAGAGGUUCACCUCAGACAGGGUCAAACGGAUGGAGGGCAAAGACCUCACGUUUGAGUACAUCCAGAGAGGUGGACUGAGGGACCCCAUUAUUUUUGAGAAGCCAGAUGGACUGGGCAUCAAGAUGCCAGAUCCGGACUUCAGUGUCAAUGACGUCAAGAUAUUCGUCGGGAGCAGGCGUAUGAUCGAUGUGAUGGACGUGAGCACUCAGAAAGGCAUCGAGAUGUCCAUGGCCCAGUGGAGACGUUACUACGAGACGCCGCCCUCCCAGAGGGACAAGCUCUACAACGUCAUCAGCCUGGAGUUCAGCCACACCAAGCUGGAGAACCUGGUCCAAAGGCCCACGUCGGUGGACAUCAUCGACUGGGUGGACAACAUGUGGCCGCGCCACCUGAAAGAGAGACAGAGGGACUCCACCAACUCCAUCACCGACAUGCAGUAUCCCAAAGUCCAAAAGUACUGUCUGAUGAGCGUUCAAGGCUGCUACACGGACUUCCACAUCGACUUUGGGGGCUCUUCCGUCUGGUAUCACAUACUGCGUGGAGGCAAGGUGUUCUGGCUGAUCCCGCCCACACCUCAGAACCUGGAGCUGUACGAGGACUGGGUGUUGUCGGGGAAACAGGGAGACAUCUUCCUCGGGGACAAGGCCCAGGACUGUCAGAGGAUAGAGCUGAAGCAGGGCUAUACCUUUAUGAUCCCCUCUGGUUGGAUCCAUGCUGUCUAUACCCCAGUGGACACCCUGGUCUUCGGCGGGAACUUCCUUCACAGUUUUAACAUCCCCAUGCAGCUCAACAUCUGCAGCAUUGAGGACCGAACACGAGUGCCAGCUAAGUUCCGCUAUCCAUUCUACUACGAGAUGUGCUGGUAUGUGCUGGAGAGGUACCUGUUCAGCCUGACCAACACCUCCUAUCUCACGCCAGAGUUCCAGAAACACUCCCUGGGCAUCGGUUUGAAGAGGGAGCCCACCACCAGCGAGUCAGUCAACGGCCACACCAGGGCAGAGGAAGAGGACGACGAAGAGGAGGCUCCACUGUCUCGAGGCCCCAAGGUUCACCUGACGCCCUUUGAGCUGGAGGGGUUGUGGAACCUGUUGGGGAAGCUCGAGUCUCUGCCCUCGCCGAAGAAAUGUGUACCGGCCGGGAUCCACAACGCCCCCGCCCUGCUGCACGACAUGAGGGCCCUACUGAAGGACCACGCCAACGACAUCCCCAAACUGUCCUACACCGGGAAGCCCAUCGUCAAAUGGCCCAAGAGGCCGUCGUGGUACCAGCCCCCCCCUCCUCCGCCCCCAGCGGCUCGUCCCAAGCUGGCCACCACGGUGGUGACCCCGCGGCCCCAGAAGCCCGCCUCGUCCAUGUCGGUGCUGCGGCGGCGCCGGGUCCGGUGCAAGCGCUGCGAGGCGUGCGUCAGGACCGAGUGCGGGGACUGUAACUUCUGCCGGGACAUGAAGAAGUUCGGCGGGCCGGGGAAGCUCAAACAGACAUGCGUGCUCCGCCAGUGCCUAGCGCCGGGCCUGCCCCUGUCAGCAGUGUGUGAGAUCUGUGGAGAAGGCAACCAGGAGGCUGGAGAGGGGCCCGUCUUCGCCCUAACCCUGAUGGAAUGUUCCAACUGUGCCGAAAUAGCCCACCCCGCCUGCCUCAGGGUGACAGGGGACGGUGUGGUGAAUAAAGAUCUGCCCAGCUGCUGGGAGUGUCCUAAGUGUGUUCUUGGAAUCGUCAGCUCCGAGGUGAAAGUGGACAAGAAUAAGAUGCUGCAUGCGAAACGCAAGUCUUCAUCGUCCCUAGACGGUCGCAUUGCAAAAAGCUACCGUCGUCAUGGUCACAGCCGAGACGACGACGACGAUGACGACUCUGGCAGCAACGAUGAUGACGAUGAUGAAAGCUCCAGGGUUGGAGGCGGCGUGGGGAGGAAGAUGUCCCGACCCCAUCCACGUGGCAGUGGCUCCGCCUCCAGGAGAGGCUAUGGGUCUGGGAGGCGGGGCAUGUGGAGAGGCUCCUCCCACAGAGGAGGAGGGACAAGCCGGGGGGUUGGGCUGACCUCCCUGAAGAUGAGGCGGGGAAUGGGGCGAGGGGACCGAGAGGGGGGACGCAGGGAGAGGGGUGGGAGGGUACGCCUCCGGGGCGGUAACAGAAUGCAGAGACGCCGGGAUGAGUCGGAAGACGACGACGACGAUGAUGACGACGACGACGAAGACGAUGACGACGAUGACAGCGAGGAAGACCAGCAGCAUCACCGGCGCCACAAAGACCAGCGCCACCGGCGCAAGCGGAGGAGAACGGAGGACGAGGAAGAUGACGAAGAUGAAGACGACGACGAAGACAGCUCGGCCCGGGAGCUGGACGGCGAGGACGAGGAGAUGGAGGACGUUGACGAGGAAGAUGAGGACGAUGAGAACCGGUCGGAUGAGGACACCGAGCCUCCUGUCCUGCUGGUGUCUGACCUCAAUGACGACCUCUUAAACGGUUCGUACCUGACUGUGACCCUCCAGCGCCCCCCCAGGGCUAAACGCCUCCCCGGCUCCAUCGUGCCCAAGCUAGAGGCCGCCAUGUCCCCCAGAGCCCACGGGCCUGGCUACGUCCAGCGCAAAACCCUCGGCAAGACGCGGCACAAAAAUGGCGCGGUCGCCGCCGGCAACGGCCUGGCUCAGCCCGCGAAGAAUCCGGUCGGCCGGCCCCCUCGUCACCGCGGCAGCAACCCCCACGGGGGCACGGCCGACAGGGAGAGGGAAACGGCCUCCUCUUCGUCAGACUCGUCUGCCUCGCCCGCCCCUCCGGCCCACUCCUCCCAGUCUCCUUCCUCGCUCCUGUCGCUGCCCUCCUUCAAGGACGCGGGGAAUGAGAAAGUGGGCGAGAAGGAGGUGUGGGUGGCGGUGUUCCGAUACCUGAGCAGAGCGGAGUUGGCCGGCUGUAUGACCGUCUGCAAGGCCUGGUACAAAUGGAGCUGUGACAAGCGUCUGUGGAGCAGUGUGGACGUGUCACGGCGUCCCUGUCUCAGCACCCAGGCCCUGCAGGGCAUCAUCAAACGCCAGCCCACCUCCCUGGACCUCUCCUGGACCCCCGUGUCCAAGAAACAGAUCACACUGCUCACACACCGUCUGCCAGGCCUGAAGGAGUUAAAGAUGAUUGGCUGCUCCUGGUGCUCCUUGUCAGCCCUGUCCACCCCAAGCCUGCCGUGCCUCCGUUCCCUGGACCUGCGCUGGGCAGAGGGGGUCAAAGACUCCCAGAUCAGGGACCUUAUCACACCUCCAGGCUCCGACAGUCGGUCGCGGUUACGUGGCUGCACGGUGCUUCGCCUGGCCGGCCUGGACAUCAGCGACUCCACCCUGAGGCUGAUCCUGAGACACAUGCCCCUCUUAGAGAGCCUGGACCUGGCCCACUGCAAAGACCUCACCGACCAGUCCGUGUGCCUGCUCACCUCAGCCGGGACGCACACCCGCAAUACGCUCACAGAGAUCAUCCUCGCAGGUUGUAACAAGCUGACAGACACCUGCCUGGCCUACCUAAAGAGGGCCCCCAGCCUGGAGCUGCUUGACCUGCGGGGCUGUAAGGCCGUGACACGGCGGGCCUGCGAGGCCUUCAUCUCCGACCUCUCUCACUGCGCCCUGUUCUGCAUGAUGGAGGAGAAACUCAUACAAAGGAUAUCCUAAAA